CUGUAAAUCAAAACCUAAGUUGCUCGGUGACCUAGUUUUCUAUAAAUAUGUCAAAGUCUAUAGUGCUCUCAGAGGGGAAAUUGACGAUUACAAACGGUUUAGUAAGCCCCUAAUAUGAUGGUGUUUGGAAGUAGAAAUGAAUUUCGUUUUCAUUGUUUUACUCUUGACAUCAACUUGUGCAUACUCUGCGCUGUUGAACGAGGUGCAUAACGACGAAGGGGACUUGUCUAUCGCGAGAACGGGGCCCUGCUCAGCAACUGUGGAUGGGUACGGCGAAAUUAACUUGGAACCGCUCAAAAGAACUGAUGGACUCGCCAGUUUUUACUCCACCUUCAAAAACAAUGGAGAGUCUUACAACUACACAUACAACCCCUGCCAACCAUUCAACGAACCCCUAAAUCCUCACCAAGAUGACAGCAAAAGAUUUGGAGAUGGAUGCACUUAUGUUACAAUUUGCAAGUUUACGUAUGAAUCUAGUCGAUACUUUUAUUAUCCAUAUGGAGUACAGAAUGAAGAGAGUCCAAAGUUUACUGGUGAAAAAGACAUAAACACUAACGAGCCCUCCCUCCUUGUUACAUACACAGGAGCUAGGUCAAUGUCACUGAAAAGAAGUCGUAUUUACUUGAAAUGUAACUGGAGUUUACACAACCCUGAGGAUGCGCGCUUCACCAUUAUUGUAGACGACCCCAGAAAUGGAGUGGUAUGCUUGUAUUUCCUAUUCUACCCCAGACCCGCAGUUGCAGUUGAGCUUGGUGAUGGAACAUCGGACUCAGAGGACAACAAAAGCAGCAGUAGUAAGAUCCUACUGAUCCUGGGAGUGAACCUCGGGAUUCUGGUGCUAGCGGGAUGUGUGGGAGUCACAUGUUACAAGAAAAGAUCACAUUUACAGUUUUAUUACAAACUCCCUGGAGUUCAAGCAACAGCAGGUUCCUCUACACCUACCCACGUGAUCGCGAUGGGGAGUAACGACUUCCUGCAGGAUUCUGGGAGUGGAAAUCGGGGCCCGCCAUCGUCUGCCGUGAUGUCAGGAGAGCCACGACCGUCUGCUUACAGAGACUAUGAACCAGACAGCAGCAGAGCUAAGAGUAAAAAAAUGAACAUCCCAGUCCUGGAAAAUUGUCUCAUCUCUAACGAGUCUCUACAGAUGUCUCAAAGACUAGGAGGAGGAAUAUACAGUGACACCAAUGUUGGAGAAUAUUGUGGACUUAAGGUGGCUGUCACCAGAAUUACUCUAGAUGUCCAUGAGAACCAGAUUAGUCAGGAAACCUUAAACUGGAUGAAGGAAGAAGUCUGGGGGUUAAGUCGACAGAGACACCGUUACAUUGUGUCUAUGCUGGGUAUCUGUGUGGAGAACAGGUUCCCCUACAUCAUAUCAGAGUUUGUGGAUGGACAGAGUGUCAAGUAUUUCAUAGACAACAGAGCAGAGUCCCUAACCUGGCCCCAAAGGGUCAAAAUUAGUAUGCAAGCAGCUGAUGGUAUGGCUUAUUUACAUUCAUCAAAACCACCCAUUCUUCAUCGAGAUCUAAGGUGUGCCAACAUUUUCAUCAGCAACCGGGAUGUUGUCAAGGUGGCUGACUUUGGUCUUAUCAAGUUGAUACAACCUCUCCGGAUCCUGUGUGAUCAGGAACAGUGUUGUUGUCAAGGUCAGUUCAGCGGCUGUCCUUCCUCCCUUCGUUGGACUGCCCCUGAGGUCAUACAGAACCCCAGAGCCCUAGAGACGGACCCUGAUUCCCCCCUCACCACAAAAUCGGAUGUCUACUCCUUUGGAAUGAUGAUGUGGGAGCUGGCGGUCUGUGAGGAUCCUUUUGGAGAUAUCACAGAACAAGAGGUGAUGGAAAUUGUGAGACAAGGGACACGGCCAGACUCCCUGAACAAUGGAACGAGUGUAGAGAUGUUACCACAGUAUAAAGUACUGAUGCAUACAUGCUGGAACGCAAAUCCUGACAAUCGACCCAAGUUCACACAGGUAGCCACAAGGCUCAAAGAAAUCUUGUCCCAGGCCAGGACGUACCAAAAAAACGUGGUCAACAAAAAGAAGCAGUCGGGCAGCUCCUCUGAUCUCAAAUCCUGACAACCGUGCCAUUACAUCAUCCAUAUCAACUUCCUGUGAAACGUCUGCUUAUUUUUAUACACAUUGAAAUUGGAGAGGAGAAUGCGAUAUAUAUCCUUUAGUAUGUGUUUGGGAAUGUGAUAAAUAUAUACCAGUGAUUUAUUCAAAUGAGAAAUUAAAACUUUAAAAUAAGUUUGUAUACUUACCAGUUAUAUAAAUCCAAUCUUUGUUUUAUUUUAUCCAUAUGUAUAGAUUGACAACACAAUAUACGUGUAAGAGUGCCUUAGUUAUGUAAUCCACUCUAUUAAGUAUUAUGACAUGCUGUUAUGCAUUGUUAUAUAUAUCUGAUUUGUGAUAUAUAUGAAUUAUUUUGAAUUCAGUAGUUUAUUGUAUAUAUGUACCUUAAUGAUAGAAAGCCAUUAAUUCUAGUGAUAUAUUUUACACGUUUUAUCAUUGUGUGACUGAAUUUGUUACGGAUUAUAAGAAGAAUGAAUGAUUCUGUCCGUUUCCAGAGUGUUCCAUGUUUAUUACCUGACUGCUUUCAUUGUUAAAUGUGAUUCUGCUUUCUCAGUUACUCAUAUCUAGUUAUUUUACAAAUUUUGUACUUUGUUAUUUAUGGGUGAAAAUUUCGUCAAAAUUUAAGGAAAAAAAAUGAAUCCAAAAAGAAAGUAUUCUUCCAGUCUACUCAUAGUGUCUAAUUGUACAGUGUCUUUAAUUAAAAAAAAAACAAAACAAAAAGCACAAGAUGUGCUAAUUUUGGCUGAGAUUAUGUUAGGUCUUUCAGGGUUAUUGUUGUAGGGUAUACUGUAUAAAGGGAAAUUUUAGCCCCCGUAUUAAUUUCGCCCCUUCAGCCCUACCCUCAUUUGGCCGAAUUAAACUGGGGCAAAUUCAAUGCAUACUGUACAAAACUAUGACUGGGUGAAUUAAAAGGGGCAAAAUUGUUUGCAUUUGUAAAGGGUCGAAAAUAAUAUAAUCUUCGUAUACAGUAUUCUUUUUUAAGUCAAUCUGAUUUUGAAAGUUGUAGAUGAAUGGAUGCCUCUAUUGCAUCAUGCAGAGUGUAUUGAUGGUAGCUGUAGAAAUGUUCAUCAACAUCUGCAUUAAAUCAUUAGGUUAGUUGUUUAAAUUUUAACUUUAACCUUCAGGUGACACAGAAAUGGCAACAAUAUUAAUUAAAGACACGUUGGAUCACACCCCAUUGUGUUGGUAGGUGGUGAUGUGUCAAGAAACGUAUUACAUGUAUUUUUGUUUUCUGUUUUAGUACUGUAAGUCGUUUUAAUUCCACGGUGUUAAAAUUUCACGAUAUCCCAAAAAGUACCAAUUGCGAUGGUUUUAAUUUCAC